CUCAAAAGGAAUGUGGUUGUGCUUUUGAGUAAACCCGUUUUCCCAGAAUGCAUUGUGGCGCCAUCCCUGGCUACAGGCGGUCAGACGCGGAGGCCUUGCACCCUAAAGCUACACCAAAACUUUAAUACUGCGCAAUUUCAUAUCGCGGCCUUCAUCACUGAAACAAUGGAACUGCCAGGAAGCACUACAAGCAACCACACCCGCAACUCUGCAGGACCAUGGGAUGUCGGUGACAAGGCUCAACUGUGCCGCUUCCUCUGCUAUGGUUCACAGGGAGACAUGUACACUGCCAGAGAGAACAGCCCUGUCAGUAUGGAGAACACUGCAGCCCUACUCUCUUUGCUUCAGGAGGGCCGAGGGGCUGAGGUGGUGGAGGAGAUAAAGAGGUUUGUUCUAGAUGGAAGAGCUGUAAGACUGAACCCCGCUUUUUUCGCUUUGGCUUUGUGCUCCCAGCACUCGGAACUGAAGACCAGACAAGAAGCAUUCAAAGCCCUAAAGGAAGUGUGUCGGGAGCCGGCACAACUGUUUUUAUUCAUUCAGUUCAAAAAAGAGCUAAGAGAGGGUAUGAAAUGUGGAAUAUGGGGUCGUGCCCUACGAAAGGCGGUGUCUGACUGGUACAAUGAGCAAGAUGCCAUGAGUCUAGCUGCAGCUGUGACCAGAUGUAAACAGAGGGAGGGCUGGUCACACAAGGACCUGCUUCGACUCGCUCACACCAAACCAGCCACAGAUGCUGUUGCCUUGAUCAGCAAAUAUGUAACAAAAGGGUGGAAGGAGGUCCAGAUUGCUUAUUCAGACAAGGAAAACUCUGACGAAGUUGUCAAAGUGCUUUCGUAUCUUGAAGUGGUGGAAAAGGUCAAACACAGCUGUGACGAAACGGAGGUUAGCAAUUUAAUAGAAGAACACAAACUAGAGCGGGAGCAGCUGCUUACAAAUCAUCUGAAGUCCAAACUGGUAUGGCGAGCAUUGUUGAAGGAUAUGCCUCUUCAUUCGGUUCUAAAAAUCCUGGGAAAACUAACGUCAAACAAACUUCUUGAACCAGGAAGCUCAGAAACACAGAUCAUAUGUGACAGACUUCAGAGCGAGUCGGCUCUAAAGAAGGCCAAGAUCCACCCGUUCAACAUUCUCCUGGCUUCAGAAAACUACAAGAGAGGUCAAGGUUUUCAGGGUAAAACAAAGUGGGAAGCAGACAGUAGCAUCCUCAAAGCCUUGGACUCAGCCUUUUAUAAAAGCUUUGUGAAUGUGGAGCCUGUAGGGAAACACUUUGUCGUGGCAGUCGAUGUGAGCACGUCGCUGAGCAGCAUUGUCCCGGGAACAGCACUCAGCACUGCUGUAGCUGCUGCAGCCAUAACCAUGAUUUUUGCUCAGACUGAGGGAAACACUGAUGUGCUGGCCUUCUCGGAGGGACGAGUGGUUCCCUGCUCGCUUUCUGCCAGUAUGACUCUUGCAGAAGUUACUGCAGAAGUGCUUAAGCUCCCGAACAGCAGUACUGACUGCACCCUUCCCGUCACAUGGGCCACAGAAAAUGGGAAAUCUGUUGACGUCUUUAUCAUUCUGACGAAUAACCCGCUGUGGAGCUUCAGUGCAGGCCCGGUGGAGACUCUAAAGAAACACAGAUGUGCAUCGGGUGCUGAUUCGAAGCUGGUGAUGUGUGGCCUAACUUCUAUUGGACAUGCCAUUGCAGACACUGAGGACAGAGGUUUACUCAACAUCUCUGGCUUUGACCUCGGAGCUUUUAAUGUUAUUCGAAGUCUUGCCCAGGAUCUGAUUUGAUUAAGCAGCGGGACCAUCUCGGAGUCGUGUCAGGAGAGUGCAUAAUGAAGACACAAAGUGGAUCAACAAGGAGUCCUAAAAAAUCCAAAAUAUCCUCACAUUUACAAUUCCAGGUUCUGCUUUUCUAUAACGCCACUUAUAAAACAAGUGACACGGUGUCCAGCAGGCUGGACAACUCUGUGGAAAGGUUGUGUGCACGUCUUCUGUGGAAUUCAAGAAGCCACAACGACAACAGGGUAUGUUGAGUCUGGACGACAGGCGGCCGGAUGUUUGCGAUGGUUCUUAGUAAGAUUCUAAUACCGUUUAUUCUCAGCAAGAAGACCGCAGAUUAAAGAAACAAGUCUGAAUGUUGGAGGUUUGGUGAGGCUGAAGGUUUGUCGUGAUGGUCUCCUGUAGUUUCCUCUAGGUAGUUACUGUAUGAUUUAGCAGGUUGGAGGUAAAGUUUAGAUGAAGUUUAAGCCUGAAUGUUGGUCCUCUUUGAUAAAGUAGCAUUAUAAACGAUUAAUGUAUCUACGAAAGAAUUGAAUGAAACAAAAUGCCAAAAGUUAACAGGAUACUAUGCAAUUCUGUUAAAUUCCUUGAUUUCUUUGAUAAAAAGUUUGUUUUUGUGUUUAAAUACUAACACUAAGUCCUGAUGCAUGCUCAAUA